AUGGGGCAUCCCCCGAAGAGUAAGCUGUCCAAGAAGUGUGGCUGUGGCAAAGUCUAUCGUCACAGAGGUUUGGCACAGCCAGGGUUCUCCUGGAGAACCGAGGGGUUAAGGCACCUAGCGCUAGGAUUUCCCGAAUCAGACAGAGAGCACUUGACCGGGCGGCGGGUGGGGAGUAUCUUUACUGCCGGUCAAACAGAGUUUUUGACGUGGGACCCCUUAGAAUCCGCUUCUAACAGUAUAUUUUCUGUUUUGAAGUUGGUGAUAUAUGCGGGGCCUAACACAAACAGUAGGAAGGUUGCUGAAUAUGGAGGCAAUACACUGGGAUAUGGCAGCCGUAGUGUCUUAGGAACUGGUUGGCCGAAAGACUUGGUGAAGGUGGAAGGAGAUACAGUCACCUUCUCCUUUGAAAUGAGAAGUGGCCGUGAACACAACACUCCUGAUAAAGCUAUGUGGGGCUUUGCUUGCACAGUUCGCGCUCAGGAGUCUUCGGAGGAUGUCUCAGGAGGCUUGCCCUUUCUGGUAGACCUGGCUUUAGGUCUGUCUGUGUUAGCUUGUUCCAUGUUAAGAAUCCUGUACAAUGGACCAGAAAUUACCAAAGAAGAAGAAACCUGUCAGGAGCUAUUGCGGUCCAAACUUUUACAAAGGUGCCAGUGGCAGGUGGAGGCCAAUGGCGUGAUCUCCCCUGCCCUUACUCCGAGCCCCUCUCCACUGCCACUGACCAUAGAGGAAGACAGAGAAUUCACCUACCCCUCUGACGUCCUCGUGCCUCCUGUUGGAAACUACUUUGAUCUGCCCCGGAUCAGGCUGCCUCCAGGAAUCAUGAUAAAGCUCAGGGAAAUUUCUGGGCGUGCUAGACCUCAAUUCAGACCAAGUAUAAAAGAAGUGAUUCAGCCAGACGUGAUGGAGGAAAUGGUGGUAUCUUGUGUUAUUAAGCACUUGAACUUGGUUGAUGCACUGCAGUCCCUAAUAAAUUUCCAAUAUCAAGAAGAACAUGCUGAGGAAUAUGAUUUAUUGUGUAAAAUUGUGGGAGAGACCUUUAAGAAACUCAAUGCCAUGGAGAGACAGCUGCAGAGUGUUGCAGAACUGGAACAAAAAUGGCAAAGUGAGGUUGAUGAUGCCAUACAGGGGAAACUGGAGAACAACAUGCCUUUCUUUUAUGAUUAUCAUUUUAAUGAGAACAAAAUGAAAGAGCUAGAACUUUUGUGUUCAAUGAAGGAAGUCUCCUUUGAUGGAAAUGAUCUUGAAAACAUGGUUCUGUCACUGAGGGAGAAGUUCCUACAAGAAGUGAAUUCUCUUAUUCAGAAACCUUCACACCCACUGGCUAAAACAAAGACGUUAGUAAAGAGUUUAAUGAACCGGGCUGAGCUGUUGCUGCAUGUCACCAUUGCUGCCCAGUCAAGCCUCACAAGGAGCAUUUCAGGGACCCCUGCAGAAACACCAGCUUGUAAAUCAGCUUCUGAAACAAAGGUGAUAUCUCAUGCUGUCCGACAGCCUGUUUUUCUUCGCAGCAUGUCUGCUCCUUCUGACCUGGAAAUGAUUGGUAAUGAAGAUUUGGAAUUUACUAGAGCAAAUCAGAGGCGUCGUCAUGUGACCAGCCACCGUAGCAGCUCCUUUACACUUCUGCAAUCGUUGGCCAUUGAGGACAGCAGGGACAAGCCUACCUACAGUGUCUUGCUGGGGCAGCUAUUUGCUUUCAUUGGCACCAACCCUGACCAAGCUGUGUCUAGCAGCAGCUUUCUUUUAGCUGCACAGACAAGGUGGCGACGGGGAAACACUCGCAAGCAGGCCCUGGUGCACAUGCGGGAGCUGCUGACGGCUGCUGUACGGGUUGGAGGAGUGACGCAUCUUGUAGGUCCCGUGACAAUGGUCCUUCAGGGCGGCCCCAGAAUUGAAGAACUCACAUGUGGUGGAAUGGUUGAGCAGGUCCAAGAAGCCUUCGGCGAGACCAUGACCUCUGUCGUGUCUUUGUGUGCUCGCUACCCUAUAGCUUGUGCAAAUAGCAUUGGGCUCUUGUGUACCAUACCUUACACCAGGAGCGAAGAGAAGUGUCUGGUACGCAGUGGCCUUGUUCAGCUCAUGGAUCGUCUGUGUAGCUUGAGCAGUCAAACUGAGUCCAGCUCCAGUGAGAAACAAACCAAGAAGCAGAAGGUAGCCACCAUGGCCUGGGCUGCCUUCCAGGUGCUUGCUAACCGCUGCGUUGAGUGGGAAAAAGAAGAAGGUGGCUCCACAGAGGCUGUGCACUCAGGUCUGGCCCGCCAGGUGUCCAGCCUUCUCACUAACCAUCUUGCCCGAGCAACUGAGUGCUGUGGCAACCAGGCUGCUGGGAACGAUGCUCUCCAGGAUGUCCUUAGUCUUCUCAAUGAUCUCUCAAGGAGUCACAUAGGUAAAGCCAUCCUGAGCCAGCCAGCUUGUGUGUCCAAACUCCUCUCCCUGCUGCUUGACCAACGCCCAUCUCCAAAGCUGGUCCUUAUUAUUCUUCAGCUGUGCCGGGCGGCGCUGCCACUGAUGAGUGUAGAAGACUGUGGAAAUGUGGAGCUCCCACCUUGGAGCUACUCCGUCCCCUCCUUAAACAGUGAGCAGGAGGAUCCCAGUGACCCAGCUUCCAAGAUUGCCUCCUUACUCUUGGCCAAGCUAGCAGAUUAUGUGGUUCCAGGAUGUCAGACAGUUCUUUCUCCAACUGCUUCUGAGCCUGACACCACGUUGACGAAAACCAGUCCCAAGAAUUCCUUAAAAGGAGAUAAAGAUCCUGGAGAAGAGAGUGAAGCAGUGGAUGGCAAGCUUUCUAUAUUCAUCCACAAGCGGGAAGACCAGUCAUCCCAUGAAGUCCUCCAACCAUUACUAAGUAGCUCAGAAGGACGGCCCUUCCGACUUGGUACUGGUGCCAACAUGGAGAAAGUUGUGAAGAUGGAUCGAGACAUGACCAAGGGUGGCUGUUGCGAAGUGAUUACAGAAGAGGCUGCAGCUGCCCUUCGGAAAGCAACUAAGUGGGCACAGUCGGGCCUCAUUGUCAGUGUUGGGCCACCUGUGGAAUCCGUCAACCCAGAGACUGUGAGUGGAUUAUCCACAGGUGACAAAAAGAAAACUGCCCAAACCUCCAUUUGCCGAGAGAGGAACUCUGAACUUGCAAGGACUGAUCCAGUCCGACCCUUCAUCAGUGGGCACGUGGCAAACAGCAUGGCUGCAGAAGUGAUCGCCUUGCUACAUAGCUUGCUAAUGGCCCCCGAAUCAAAUGCUGCUCAAAUAUGGACCACAACAGCAGAAAAGGUUCUGUCUCGGGCUCUGAUGUACAUUCCGCAAUUGGGGAAAUAUGCAGAAAGCAUUUUGGAAAACGGCAGCAGCAGUGGAAGGAAACUUGCCAAACUUCAGAGAAUUGCACGCCAGGCUGUUGCCGCACUGUGUGCACUUGGAGGCUUCAAAGAGACAAUCAAGAUAGGAUCUGAAGUUCAGGUUUUAGGUAGAGGAAUAUCAGGAAGCAUUGGAGUGGUGGCUUCUAUCAAUGAACAGGAAGGUAUAGCUACAGUCAGAUUCCCACCCAUAGACUGUAGAAAGACUUCGCAAGCGUCAGACACACUGACUAUUCCAUUGUCUAGACUUUGUGUUCCAAGAUCAGAGGCAUUGCCUCUUCAUAAACUGUCCAUUACUGAGAAGGUAGUACAGGCAGUCCAGUCCAUGUUGCUUCCUCAGGAGGGAAGUCUCUCUAUUCACACCUCACUUCCUGCAACAGGAGAUGGGUCAGCUCCUGUGAUGGCAGUCGUUCGGCUCCUGGCUGAAAUAAGGACAAGAGCAUGCCUGGUCAUGGCCCAGCUUUUAGAAGACAGCUUAUUUUGUGAAGAAUUCAUACAGCAAUGUCCAGCAGCUGUUGAAGUUCUUAACCUAGUAGCCCAGGAGUGUAGUGCUGGAGAGCGACUUGCAGUUGUGGAGGUGCAGUGUGAACGCCUGAGGAUGCUCUACCGGGACUGUGCUCGGCCCCCACCGCCUCCCCUGCAAGCUGACCGGAGACAGCCCAAAGAGAUCACCUGGAGCCCCUCGCGAGUGUUCCCGCCGGUUCGAGCCUGCAUGUUCUCCUCUCACCUCACCUCGGUCACCUUCCUGGCUGACCCCAGUGCUGGGGGGGGUCUGCCCCGGGGCACCUUUAUCUAUGCUACAUCACCACUGCCCAUUCAGGCCCCGUCUUUUUACUGGGAAAUUGAAAUUGUUUCCUAUGGAGAUACUGAUGACGACACCGGACCGAUAGUUUCCUUUGGCUUCGCUACAGAAGCAGAGAAACGAGAUGGGGCUUGGACUAACCCAGUGGGCACUUGUCUUUUCCAUAACAAUGGCCGAGCUGUGCACUACAAUGGCUCUAGCUUGUUGCAGUGGAAGAGCGUUCGGCUAGACGUGACUCUCUCUCCUGGUGAUGUAGCAGGAAUUGGCUGGGAGAGAACCGAGGGCACUCCACCCCCUCCAGGGCAGCCAGCCAAAGGCCGGGUGUACUUCACAUACUGCGGACAACGCCUCUCACCAUAUCUUGAAGAUGUCUCUGGUGGCAUGUGGCCGGUGGUUCACAUUCAGAAAAAGAACACCAAAACUCGAGCUAACUUUGGCUCCCGGCCAUUUGCCUAUGCCGAAGGGCAGGCCCACCGCAAUGCCGCCGACCUGUGCACCGACCUGGCAGAAGAGAUCAGUGCUAACUUCGAGGCCCUGCCCUUCGCCAUGGCAUCUGACAGUGACAACGAUGCUGGUACCAGUAUUGCAUCAGACCCAGGCACUCAUGGACCACCAUGCCGGAUCGCUGCCGUGGCCACUGCUCAGCAACAAUAUGAUAGUGAUACCUCCUGUCAUUAUAAAGUCGAGCUCAGCUAUGAGAAUUUCAUCACCUCUGGCCCAGACCCUCACCCGCCUCCCAUUGCAGACGAUGAAAGCGAUGAUGAUGAUGAUGAUGACAUCCCACAGGAGGACCAUUAUGCUCUGCUGGUGAAAGCAUGGGAGACCAAGGUCUUUCCUACCAUCCGAAGACGCUUCCGCAAUGAAGCAGAGCGGAAAUCGGGCCUGGACCAGAUAAAGGGUGCUUUACAACUAGGUAUGGUGGAUAUUGCCCGGCAGACGGUUGAAUUUCUCUAUGAGGAGAAUGGUGGCAUCCCAAGAGACCUUUACCUUCCCACCAUCGAAGACAUUAAAGAUGAAGCAAACAAGUUCACAAUUGAUAAAGUUCGAAAAGGUCUCACGGUAGUAACCCGCUCUCCAGACAGCAAUAACGUGACCAGCAGUGCUGUUGGAACUGCUCUGCCAAAGUUUGCUAUCCGAGGGAUGUUGAAAACCUUUGGGCUUCAUGGAGUUGUCUUGGAUGUUGAUUCAGUGAAUGAAUUGGUGCAGGUAGAAACAUAUCUCCGCAGUGAAGGUGUCCUGGUGCGAUACUGGUAUCCUAUUGAUAUGUUGGAAAGGCCCCCAGCAGGCUAUCGAAGGACUGCCACCAAUGGGUUGGUCACACUGGACAAUACCAACCUUCAAAUCCACAGAGAGCUGCUGCGCUGCGAGGCUGCGCUGGCCAGGCUGUACUGUCGCAUGGCCCUGCUCAACAUCUUCGCCCCCAAGCUGCCUCACUUGUUUACCCGUCUUUUCCACAUCCCUGCCAUCCGGGACAUUACCCUGGAGCACCUGCAACUGCUGUCCAAUCAGCUCCUCGCUCCUCCCCUCCCAGAUGGCACCAUCAGCUCCAGCUCAAUUCUCCUGGCACAGUCUCUACAGCAUUGCAUACAUUCCCAGAACUGCUCCGCCACAGACCUGUUUUACCAGGGCAACUCCCAGACAGUGAGAGAGUGGCUUAAUGUAGCCAUCACCAGGACCCUGCACCAGGGCGAGGAGAGCCUUCUGGAGCUGACGAAACAGAUCUGCUCUUUUCUGCAGACAGCACCAGAGCAGUUCCCCUCUGAAGAGUUCCCAAUUUCUGAGUCCAAAGUCAAUAUGGAUGUUAAUUUCCCCGGGGCGGCUUUUGUUGUUGUGUCUUGCAAAGAAAGUCAGUCUGGAUUCCGGAAAGACUCUUCUCUGUACAAGGCGCCGUGGGCACGGGUGCUUGUGUACGGGCUCGGCCACAAGGUGAAGCGAAACGGCCAACUGAACCUUAUCGAGGCGGCCUGUUACCCACGGGACGCAUCCCCAGCCAACACUGGACUUGCACCUCCCCCCACUGCUGACCAGUACCCUUCUGUGGUCCUCUCCACAGACAGGGUCCACAUCAAACUGGGGGUGUCGCCACCUCCCGGAGCUGUGCUGGUGUUACAUUCUCUGCCCCUGGAGUUCCCACUGGCCAUGGCCUUCGCAGAGCAACUGCUCUCCUGGAAAGCAGAGGACAGCGAAGGGAAAUCAGAAGAUGAGCCUGACACCAUUCCGACAUCCGUGCUCCUGCAGGUUGUGGAGCUGCUAGGAAACUUCCUGUGGACCACGGACAUGGCAGCCUGCGUGAAGGAGCUCGUCUUCCAUCUCCUAGCGGAGCUCCUGCGUACAGUGCACGUCCUGGAACAGAGGAGGCAUCCCGCUGGCCUGUCCUCCUCCAUCGCCCUCCAACUGAACCCCUGUCUGGCUAUGUUGAUGGCCUUGCAGUCAGAGCUCCACAAGCUGUAUGAUGAGGAGACCCAGAGCUGGGUCUCAGGAAGCACCUGCGGAAGCUCUGGGGCAGCUGUGGCCGGUGACCAGGGCAGGUUCUCUACAUAUUUUCAUGCACUCAUGGAGGGCUGCCUAGCAGUGGCCGAAGUGACCCUGCCCACCAACAUGAGUGUCACUGCCAGCGGGGUGACCUCAACAACUGCCCCGAACCUCAGUGACUCAUCCUCCUCCUCCUCGUCCUCCCCGGGACAGACCCCACAGAGUCCCAGCCUCCUGUCCAAGAGGAAAAAAGUCAAGAUGAAGCGGGAAAAGGCCUCCUCCUCAGGGAAGCGCCAGUCCUCUCGCACGGUGGACUCAGACCCUACCAUGCUCAGCAUCGGUGGCAGCAAGCCCGAGGACAUGCUGUGGUUCCAUCGCGCUCUCACCUUACUUAUCAUCCUCCGGCACCUCACCCGGAAGGACCCCCAGGGGCUGGGCGUGACCAGCGACGCCAUCACUGAUGCCUGUCAGGCCCUUGUGGGCCCCACUGCCCACAGCCGUUUGCUGGUGAUCUCUGGGAUCCCCACCCACCUAGAUGAGGGCAUCGUCAGAGGAGCUAUCCGCAAGGCCUGCAAUGCCCAUGGCGGGGUCUUCAAAGACGAGAUCUACAUCCCACUGCAGGAAGAAGACCCCAAGAAACCGAAAGACAAGGCUGAGGGUGGUGAUGGGAAAGCCGAGCCAGAGAAGACCCUGAGCUUUCCUGGCACAGACAGCUUGGAGGUCAGCUCGUCCAGCAGCCUGACCCCCGCCAUGAGCAUCAGUGCAUCUGCCUCUACCAGCCAGGCCUCCAUUUGCAGCUCUCAGGGCAUCUCGCAGACAAUCAGUGACCUUUCUGUGGACCCACUGCCCUCAGGCCUCGAGCUGCCUAUCCCGCCAGGCCUGCUGGAGCCCCAUGUGGUGUCCAGUCAAGAGAGCCUGGACAUUUCCCUGUGCAGCACCGGCAGCCUGGGCAGCCUGGGCAGUCUGGGGGAGCCUCUGGACAAUGCAGAGACAGCCUCGGUGUCGGACAUGGGCUCCAUGUACACAGUCACUUCCCUGGACAAUCAGCCCCUUACGGCACGCCCCAUCAAAGGCUUUGCAGUUGUGGAGAUAAGAUCCCGAGCCAAAAUCGAGAAAAUUCGAGCAAGCUUGUUUAACAAUAAUGAUUUGAUUGGUUUGUCAAGUUUGGAUGGUGAAGAUGAAUUGAUGGAAAUGUCAACAGAAGAGAUUCUCACUGUAUCUGUAGUAAAUCAGAGUUUGUUUGAUACUCAAGGGAGCCCAGGGUUAGAAGAUUAUUUCAAUGAUAAGUCCAUUAAAGGGGAGAAGCUGGUGCCCGGGGCCAGAGAGGUUCUGACGGAAAUAUUUAAGAGCUGUGCCCAUUCAGAGCAGACGCUGAGCCUGACACCAGCGAAGCCCAUCAGAGUCUCUGACAUUUACCUUAGCAAAGAGCAGAUCAACUCCCAGACCCCAGGCAACCUCCUCCACCUCUUCUUCACCAAUGUCCGGCCUCCAAAAAAGGUGCUGGAGGACCAGCUCACCCAGAUCCUGAGAAAGUAUGGCGUGCCAAAGCCCAAGUUUGACAAGAGCAAGUACAGCAAAGCUGGGAAGGAGCAGCACCCUGUGAAAGUGGUGAGCACCAAGCGGCCCAUCACCAAGCCGCCCACCAAGGACAAGGCUGUGCUCAACAGUGUCAGCAGGACUGCUCUAAGUGAGAAGAAACCCACUGUGAAGCCAAAGUCACCAGAAAAGAGCAAACCAGAUGAAAAGGACCCAGAAAAGUCACCCACCAAAAAACAAGAAGUCCCAGAGGAAAAAUAUCUGACCUUGGAAGGAUUUCACAAAUUUGUUGUUGACCGAGCCAAGCAAGACAUCCGUAGCGUCUGGAGGGCGAUUUUGUCCUGUGGUUAUGAUCUUCAUUUUGAGAGGUGUGCCUGCAUCGAUGUCCGACAUGCACAGAAGGCCUCCAGGAAGUGGACUCUGGAGAUGGAUGUGGCACUUGUGCAGUACAUCAACCGGCUGUGCCGCCACCUUGCCAUCACACCGGCACGGCUCCAUCCCCAUGAGGUGUACCUGGACCCCGCAGACACGGCUGACCCCAGAGUGGCCUGUCUCUUGAACGUGCCCGUCGAGAGUCUGCGCCUGCGCUUCGCCCUGCUACAGUCCCUCAACACCAUGCUGGAGACCUUCUUCCUGCCCCUGGUGGAGCUGCGCCAGACGCCCAUGUACACCCACAGCAUUGCCGCCCUGCUCAAGGAGGCCAAAGGACUGAUCUUCUAUGACACGAAGGUGACCGUGAUGAACCGUGUGCUGAAUGCCACCGUGCAGAGGACAGCAGACCACGCGGCACCUGAGAUCACCCUGGACCCGCUGGAAAUUGUGGGAGGGGAAAUCAGAGCUUCUGAAAAUUCCUACUUCUGCCAGGCUGCUAGGCAGCUGGCCUCAGUGCCGUCGUCUCAGCUCUGUGUCAAGCUGGCUAGCGGUGGUGACCCCACGUAUGCCUUCAACAUCCGCUUCACCGGCGAGGAGGUCCAUGGCACCAGUGGCUCUUUCCGCCACUUCCUGUGGCAAGUGUGCAAAGAGCUGCAGAGCUCCUCACUGUCGCUCCUCCUGCUGUGUCCCAGCUCGGCUGUCAACAAGAACAAGGGCAAGUACAUCCUGACCCCCAGCCCCAUCACCUACGGGGAGGAGCAGCUGCUGCACUUCCUGGGGCAGUUGCUGGGGAUCGCAAUCCGCGCAGAUGUGCCUCUGCCCCUGGACCUCCUGCCCUCCUUCUGGAAGACGCUGGUGGGUGAGCCCCUGGAUCCUGACCAGGACCUCCAGGAGGCAGACGUCCUCACCUACAAUUACGUCAAGAAAUUCGAGAGUAUCAACGACGAGACUGAGCUGGAGGCCCUUUGUGCCGAGAUCGCUUCCCAGCACCUGGCCACCGAGAGCCCUGACAGCCCCAACAAGCCCUGCUGCAGGUUCACCUACCUGACCAUGACGGGCGAGGAGGUGGAGCUCUGCAGUCGGGGGCGGCACAUCCCUGUGGCGUGGGAGAACAAGGACAUCUACGCGUCGGCCAUCCGGAGCCUGCGGCUGCGGGAGCUGCAGAACGUGGAGUGUGUGACAGCUGUGCGGGCUGGCCUGGGCUCUAUCAUCCCCCUGCAGCUACUGACCACGCUCAGCCCGCUGGAGAUGGAGCUGCGCACCUGCGGCCUCCCUUACAUCAACCUCGAGUUCCUGAAGGCCCACACCAUGUACCAGGUGGGGCUGAUGGAGACAGACCAGCACAUUGAGUUCUUCUGGGGAGCUCUGGAAACGUUCGCACAGGAGGAACUGUGCAAGUUCAUCAAGUUCGCCUGCAACCAGGAGCGCAUCCCGUUCACCUGCCCCUGCAAAGAUGGGGGCCCCGACACGGCGCAUGUGCCCCCAUACCCCAUGAAGAUCGCCCCCCCGGAUGGCACUGCAGGUUCCCCCGACUCACGCUACAUCCGAGUGGAGACCUGCAUGUUCAUGAUCAAGCUUCCCCAGUACUCCUCUCUGGAAAUCAUGCUGGAGAAGCUCCGUUGUGCCAUUCACUACCGCGAAGACCCCCUGAGUGGCUAAUGGGAGAGAGCCCCGAGUUAGGCUGUCACCGAGGCACCACUCUGCCAGCUUGGGAAGCCUGCCACUGCGGCACGUCCCUUCAGGGCCCUGCGUGAGGAGUUGGCAACAUUUUGCUUUCCCGAACUUUCGUCCACGAUCCAGGGCCUCCUGGAAGACUUAACCUUUUGUAUGUGUACGUUUCGUGAUGGGUUGGUUCUUUUGCUGCCUGUUUGUGGUCUAUUUGUAGGAUAGUUUAGUUCCCAGACAGUUUGUGUCUAAUUUGAUCUUCCUGAACAUUGUCCCUCGCGGCCACCAGAUGCUGGUUCCUCAUCACAGAACCACCAGCGGGAAGCUGGGAGUGGGUGGGCCUCGGCCACGCAGUGCCCAUUUUUCUGCAUAGCAUCUCCACACACACGCCUGUGGCCAGCCCCGCCCUCCUGCCUCGAGCUGGAGUUUGCAGCUCCUGCAGGCCUCCUUCCUCCUCGAGAUGGUUGGGCCAGCUGCCCAAAUGUGCAGGACACACAGGGAGCUGUGUGUGUUCAUGUUCUGCUUUAGAACUUGCUCAUGGUCUUGGUGUUUCUGAGGAAAAGCCCACAGUGGUUCCCCUGCCCCUCCCACCCCACAACCCUACCUGCUGUUUGUCACUUCUGGGCCUGGUCUGGUGGCUUGCCCCUGAGGACUCCUCGGGAGAAGACUCAAGUGUUCAUUCCUGACCUUAGUUCAUAGGAUCAGGCUGGGUGUGUCCCAACUGUAGGAGGUGAGAGGACACCCGGAGUUGAGGACAGUGCUCAAGUGGAGCCUUUUCCAAGACUGACUGAACAGGAAAGCAUGGCUCAAGCCCACCCCACUGUUGUGCUCAAAAACAGCCCAUCCUCACUGCAGUGACAUGAGGAACAAAGUAGAGGGCCACGUCUCUGCUUUUAGAAGAGCUGACUGAGGUGCUCUGCUCAAUUCGGGGUCUGCUUUAGUGACACAGACCUUCACGUCCAACUGGAAACUCCAAGGGGGCCCAUCUGCUUCUCUGGCUGGACCCACCCAGCAUCCCCUCACUGCCCACGUAAGUGUGUGUGCCAGGGCUCACCCACUGCCCCAGUGCAUUUGUGCCCCAAAUAGGUCUUUGUCCAAUGGUAGUUUGUUCAUGAGCAGCACAUGCCAUCUUGUUGGACACUGUCAUGGGCCUUGCCAGGUCUCACAGAACUGCAUCACUGUAUUUAUUGUAUAAUAUUGUGAAUAUUGGGAGCUCUGAGUGAGUGCUGUCUAGAAGGUUUUGGAGUGUGGAUGCUGGUUGAGAAAGAUGUGCCCUGGCCUGCUGGAAAGAUGUGUGGGUUUUUGAGUUAGAGCCGUUAGCAUUCAUCUCCUUCCUGUUAUUCUUAGGAAAUGUGUUAAGGACCAUUGUAGAAGAUUCCUUGACCUGAGGAUGAGAUUAACCUAGGAUUAAUCGUGACAGCUGCAUCAGUUACAUUUGGUGCAAGAGUCACCUCUGGAAGUGAGUGUCCGCAAGCAGUACCCCUGCUUUGAAAGGAAGAUGGUCAGCCCACUGCCUCCCCAGGGGCCACCGCCCCCUUGACCAGGAGUGGAGGGACGGUGUCACAUCCAAGAUGUAUUCCUAACAAGGAUCCUCUUAUUUCUGCAUAAUGAAAGAAGAGCCUUUGGGUUUAUUAGAAGUGGUUUUUCUUCCUUGUAUCUUUACAUUCUGGAUUCCCUCCCGUCCUCAUCCCCUGAAUGGACUUGUCAGCUACCUCCCCAAGAGGGGUUAAGGAAACUUCUAUUGGCCAUCACUUGAUUAGAUGACAGUUGUGAGUAACAUAUCUGCUGCUAACACGGCUGCUUCUCCCAGAGAGCACAUUGAAGUCCAGACAGAUCUAAACCUUGGCCCUAAAGAAAUGUGUGCUGUAAAGUUACUUGAUGUAUAUUUAUUAUAAUUAUUUAUGGUUGCAUUUAACAAACUUUUCAUUCAAUCCGAUGCUAUUUACACCAUGCUGUGUAAAGGAAGCUCACUACAGGAAAAAAAAUCACACCAAUAAAUAACCUUCAUCUAAUUUUGAUUUACCUUAA